AUAACGGUGCAGUCCCACCUUCACGGCCUAACAUUCAGCCACGCCGCAUCCGCGUCUGCCCGGUGAUGAACACGUGAAGAGACGGAAGCGGGGGACGCGCUUUUGGGGCUGAAGGAAAGACGAGCGGUCCACCAUUGUCUCCGGAGGAGCGAGAAUGGCCUGGAUGUGGAAGAGGAAGCCAAUAAUUGCCACCAGCCUGAUUGUGGCCAUAUCGCUGCUUGUGGUCGUGGUGAAUUACUCGGAGAAGCCCUACUUCCUCCUGCAGCCCGUGUUCGGUCAGACGUUCAGCAGCCACUGGAUGUUCUCCAAGCAGCCGUACAAGGGCUUCAAGCCUCACCUGGGCUACGUCAGCAUCCCCAAACAGGAGCCCCUGAAGUUGCACUGCGAGCUGUGCAGCAUCGUGUCCAGCUCCGGGCAGAUGUUGGGCCAGGCAUCCGGCCCAGAGAUCGACCGCUCGCCCUGCAUCUGGCGCAUGAACAACGCCCCCACGCGGGGGUUCGAGGACGACGUGGGCCGGCGCACCACCCUGAGGGUCGUCUCCCACACCAGCGUCCCCCUGCUGCUGCAGAAGCCCCAGUACUUCUUCGGCCAGGCCAACGACACCGUCUACGUCGUGUGGGGGCCGCUGCGGAACAUGAGGAAGGACGGGAAGGGCAUCGUCUACAACAUGCUGCGCCAGGCCUCGGAGAACUACCCUCACGCUCGCAUCUACGUCACCACAGAGGACCGGAUGAACUACUGCGACAUGGUCUUCAAGAAGGAGACGGGAAAAGACAGGAUCCAAUCUGGCUCCUAUCUGAGCACCGGCUGGUUCACACUCAUUCUCGCCAUGGACAUGUGCAAGGAGAUCCAUAUCUACGGCAUGAUAAACGACACCUACUGCAAGACGGAAGGUUACAAGAAGGUUCCCUACCAUUACUACGAGGCGGGCAGCCGUGACGAGUGUGCAGAGUACCUCCUGCAUGAGAGCGCCCCCUACGGCGGACAUCGCUUCAUCACCGAGAAGUCUGUGUUCGCCAAGUGGGCCAAAACUCACGCCAUCAAGUUUUUCAAUCCUACGUGGCAGCUAUCGUGACCCUGGCUUGGACCAGCAUGGAAGUAUCAUCUUGAGCACCUCCUCUUUCUGUUGUGACGCUAACAAAGCCUUUAUUUGCUCGGGAGGUUGAUUCUGCAGUCCCGGAUGGUCACAGGUUCGGCGACCGAAUCACACAACUUUCCAACCUGGACGGUGAUGUCGUCUUUCCUGGCUCUUUUUAGUGCGUUUUCUUCUCUUGAACGUUACAGCUGAACAUUGUGCAGAGCUUUGCUGCCCUGCACCGACUAAUCGAUCCGUUCGCUGCUCUGUGAGUCCAGCGAAAAGGAUUGCUUGAACCUACAAUGGGAGAGAAGAAAACAUCUGUCAGAUUGCACUUGACUCAGGUUGAACCCAAGUUUUAUUCCUGACGGUAGCUGAAGAAGAACCCGGCCGCUGAACAUGCAAGUCACACUUCAGAGACGCCUGACGAGCUUGUCAAACGUAAUUAAUCUAUAAACAAGUAUCAUUCAGGCCUUCAUGUCUGGCUGAGGAAGUACUGGAGCCAGAUGCUCUGUCAGUUUCAAUUUAUUCUGAACCUUUCAAAGACUCUUAACAGGGAAGGUCAUUAAAGAAGAAGAAAAAGAGCUCAAACGAGCAGAAAGAUUCCAGACAAACCGGAGGAGUAGAUCUGCUGUGUUGCUCUGCUGUCCAGCAACUCCAUUCAAAAUGUAAAGAUGUCAGCUCUUUUUUUAUGUUAUAAUGCUGUUAAAUUGAAUUUUAAGACACAGUUUACUAAUAUGUUCUGCAAAACCCUCUCUUCUAGCUGUGUGCUAGAAAAACUGUGAGCAUCCGAGCACAGAACAAUGUGCAAUUAGAAACUAUGUCUUUCUGGAAGGAGUUGAGUCGUUUUUGACACUGUGGAGGGAGAGAUUUGUUCGUGCAGUGAGACCAUUUAUAGUUAAUUGUAUUCUAUUAUCAUUUUGUGCCUGCAAUAUACUCUGCAGUCCAUUGUACAGACGGCGAGGAGGACCCAGUUGCUCUCUGCACUCAGAUUCUCAUCCAGCUUUGUGCCUCUUUGUGUAAAGUAUCACUGUGUUAAGUCAUCUUCCCGUUGGUCUCCGGGUGCAUUGUGCACAUCUCCUGCUUUAGUAUAUCAUAUAUUUGAAUGCAUCUGUUCCAGGAGGCUGGAGAAUGCUCGGUGAAGUGCUGGCCGCGAGCUGGGACCAUGAGAUCAGUGUCCUGCUUUGAGCCGGGAUCCACAGGGGGAGACUGAAAUGACUCUUAAGACUUCUAAUUUAGGCAGCUUGAUGCACAGGCUCCCUGAAGAAAGUGAUUUAAUGCAGCUGAGCAUCACUCCCGUUCCCACUCCUGCUGCAAAUUUCUGUGUACUAGCACACAGAGGAGCUCCCGUGACUUUGUGAGCCGUCAUGUGAGCUAAAUGUAAGCAUCCUUUUGAGUUCACAAAGUUAGCUUCUGAAUGUCCAUCAUACCUUCAUUCCUGGGCUUUUACUUAAACAAUUUCAAACCUACUAAAUGUCUAAAGAAAAUUGGUUUUCAGCUUGAAGAAGAAUAAACUUAGCACAAAAAGUAAGAACAUUUGUGUUUGACAGAUUAUUUCUUUGUUGUAACAAUGCUUCUUGGCAAUAAAUCUUGCCAAAUCUUCUCUGCCAAAGCCAAACAACUUAUUUUGGCUUUGCUUCUUGUUUGGUGUUUUAUACGGAAGAGUAUUAGGGCCAUGCAGGAGAAAAAAUAUUUAUUUAUUAUGUACUUCUAGAAUAAAGUUGAAAUG